AUGAAAGCCAAGCGUCUGAAUCUUGAUUGGUCGGAAGAAGGCACCGGGGCUAACUGCUUGGGUGAGAUAGAUGCUACCUCCCUGUACCUGAAGCAGAAGAAGAUGAGAGGAGUAGGAGUGACCUCCCCCAGUUCUAGUUCCGUAGAGUCCAGACACCGAUCCUCUGCUUUUUCUGAAGAUGCAAGCAGAAGGAGGUCCUUAAGAGGUAGGGAUCUUAGAGAAGUUGAGAAGGCCUUCCAGGUUCCUAUCCAAUAUAAGAAUUUGAACUGCAAGAUAUCUACACUGAAACUUGUGCUGACAAUAAUUGCAUUCGGAACUUUAGUGACACUCUACCACUCUCCAGUAGUUUAUAUUGCAGACCAGCCAUCUGCUUCUGGAUCUCGGCCAGGUUUUGUAGAUCGAUGGAUAGGAGAGGGUGCUGCUGUCGAUCCACGCUAUAUCUCAACUUUAGACAUUGACUGGGACCAGAUUUCUGAUACUAUUGUCAAACUAGAUGACAGCAAUGAGUAUCAGGGAAUUGGCUUGUUAAACUUCAAUGAAAGCGAGAUUGAUAACUGGAAGCUGCUGUUACCUAAUGUUGAGCAUGUUGUUCUGCAUCUGGAGCAUGCAGCGGAAGAUGUAACUUGGGAAUCCUUUUACCCUGAAUGGAUAGAUGAAGAGGAAGAAUUUGAGGUUCCCACUUGUCCUGUUCUACCCAAACUUAAAGUUCCUGGCAAACCACGCAUUGAUGUAAUUGCUGUGAAGCUUCCAUGCAACAAGUCAGGGAAAUGGUCAAGAGAUGUGGCUCGUUUGCACUUGCAGCUUGCGGCUGCAAAUCUUGCUGCUUCUGCCAAAAGUUACCAUCCUGUGCGUGUGCUUUUGCUGGCUGACUGCUUCCCGACCCCAAAUCUGUUCACUUGCAAGGAGCUUAUUUUGCAUGAGGGGAAUUUAUGGCUGUAUCGGCCUAACCUCAACACCUUGAGAGAAAAGAUACAGCUCCCAGUAGGAUCAUGUGAACUUUCAGUUCCUCUCAAGGCUAAAGAACAUUUUCACUCUGAAAGAGCACACAGGGAAGCAUAUGCUACGAUUCUGCAUUCUGCACAUGUGUAUGUUUGUGGGGCCAUUGCUGCAGCUCAGAGUAUCCGCAUGGCAGGUUCAACACGGGAUCUUGUGAUACUUGUUGAUGAAACAAUUACUAACUAUCAUAGGGAAGGCUUAGCAGCUGCAGGUUGGAAAAUCCAUACAAUCCAAAGAAUCAGGAACCCAAAAGCUGAACGAGAUGCUUACAAUGAAUGGAACUACAGUAAAUUUCGUCUCUGGCAAUUGACAGAUUAUGACAAGAUCAUUUUCAUUGAUGCUGACAUGCUCAUACUUAGAAAUAUCGAUUUCUUGUUUGAGAUGCCAGAAAUAUCUGCAACAGGAAACAAUGCUACCCUGUUCAACUCAGGUGUUAUGGUCGUUGAACCAUCAAACUGUACAUUCCAAUUGUUAAUGGAUCACAUCAAUGAGAUUGAGUCCUACAAUGGCGGGGACCAGGGAUACCUAAAUGAAAUCUUCACUUGGUGGCACCGGAUUCCUAAACACAUGAACUUCUUGAAACACUUUUGGGAAGGUGAUGAGGAGGAGAAGAAACAGAUGAAAACUCGACUCUUUGGAGCUGAUCCCCCAAUCCUUUAUGUUCUCCACUAUCUGGGUAACAAACCAUGGAUAUGCUUCCGAGAUUAUGACUGCAAUUGGAACGUGGACAUUUUGCAGGAGUUUGCUAGUGAUGUUGCUCACAAAACAUGGUGGAAGGUGCAUGAUGCCAUGCCCAAAAACUUGCACAAGUACUGCUUGCUUAGGUCCAAGCAAAAGGCAGCAUUGGAGUGGGAUCGGAGGCAAGCUGAGAAAGCCAAUUACACUGAUGGUCAUUGGAAGAUCAAGAUAAAAGACAAACGCUUGGAAACCUGCUUUGAGGAUUUCUGCUUCUGGGAGAGCAUGCUAUGGCAUUGGGGUGAAAAGAAUUGGACAGACAAUGCAACUGUUACUCCAUCAGCACCCUCUGUUACUUCCACAGCUAUCUAA